GCUACAACAGAACAGGACCUAAGAAACAACCGGAUACUGGAUGACCUGGUCACAAACUUUAAAUCUGCAAGGUACCUAUUGUGUAUUAAAUACUUGCAUGAUAUGCUGGUAGAAAAACAGAGAAAUUGAGAAAAAAUCCAUAAUGUAUCUAGCCUAUUUCUUGAAAUAUCUAUUCAGGCAACAUGUAGCUCAACUGAGCCCUGAUAACUGUGCCUACCGAUACCAUAGAUGAACUGCCAAUUCAUAAUAGAGAAACCACAACACUUUGUAUUUUGAAAAGGCCACGACGCUCAGUGUCUCAAGGUUGAAACAAUGCCUGAUACCAUACGCCCAACUGCCAGGUUUCAUUAGUUUCUUUCUCAGUAGAAAAGGACAAUCUUUGCUUUAAAUCUUUGUCUUUGAAAAGUGCAUAUUAUUUUCAAAACAUGUGUAUUAUGCACUGAGUGUACAAAACAUUAAGAACACCUGCUCUUUCCAGGACAUAGACUGAAAAAGUGUAUUCGGAAAGUAUUCAGACCCCUUGACCUUUUCCACAUUUCGUUACGUUACAGCCGUAUUCUAAAAUUGAUGAAAUUGUUUUUCCCCCUUCAUCAAUCUACACACAAUACCCCAUAAUGACAAAGCAAAAACAGGUUUUAGAAAUUGUUGCAAAUUUAUAUUAAAAUACAAUCGGAAAUAUCACAUUUACAUAAAUAUUCUAAAUAUACGUUUUGUUCCGAUGUUUAGGGAUGCAAUUACAAUUUGUCAUGUUAGAAGGAUUAUACUGAGGAUAAAGUGGAAGGAAUGAUAACACAGAUCCCUUUCCCUCUGGAGGCCUCACCUUGCCUGCGAUUUGUCAGCUCAUUAAUCUAAAGCCCACUGUUAAUACCAUUUCUCUAACACUUUGUGUAACAGUUGCAUAGCGUUAUGUCAAUAAAAUUACAACAAAAAAAAGCAAAAAACGUGGAAUACUUUACUUUGGCCUUUAGGGUAAUGUAUUUCCCUUCCUAUAUGGAUGUUGUGAAUGUGACCAUCAGUAUGCCCUUUCCUCUGGGAACUGGGUGAUUCAUGCCUCCUCUAAAACCAUGGCUCUGCAUUCCUCCCCGUUAUUCACAAUGGAACUGGCCUGGACUCUGUGCGUCUGAAUAGUAAAUCAGGCAGGCAAUCAAAUCAAAUUGUAAUGUAGGCUUAGAUCAUCUCCAACCCAUCCUCCUCCACCUGGGCUCAACCCAUGCCAAAGCACACCUCGUGGGGGAAAAUUAUAAAUCUACAGUGUCCUCCGUCUCCUCGCUCUUCACAAGAGGGCAUAGGGGUACUUAAUGUGUGUGUGUUAGGGGUUGGGCAAUAUUAGGAUAGCAUCGUCUAUCGACGAUGAUUGACAGCUGUCAUUGAUGGUGACGAUGUGACAGACGAUGGUUUAGCCUAUUUGAACUUGACUGCCGCCACGCAGUAAAGAACGGAGUCUCGCAGCGCACAGCAGGGCAGCACACGUGACAUUCUGAGUAAUUUGCCUAAUUCAGUAAAUAUGUUAUAUUCAGAACGCAAGAGAGGGAUGUAGGCCAGACAGAAUGGAGAAUUCCACCAAAGCAGCACAAAAUGGGCAGUCAGAAAACAUUGUUUUUCUCUCUCUCUCUGUCAGAUGCAUGGGCCUUAGGCUAUAGCCUAAACCUAUAAAACAUGUUGUUUUUUUAUAAAGGACACUAGCUGUUAAAAAAAAAACGACAUGUGAACGAGAGGCUCGUAGAAUAUGAAUGUCACGUGUGCUGAAUGUCACGUGCGCUGUGAGACUCUGUUCUUUACUGCGCGGCGCCAGUCAAGUUCAAAUAGGCUAAACCAUCGUCUGUCACAUCACGAUGUCGUCACCAUCAACGACAGCUGUCAAUCAUAGUCGAUAGACGAUGCUAUCCUAAUAUUGCCCAACCCCUAACACACACACAUUAUGUACCCCUAUGCCCUCUUGUGAAGAGCGAGGAGACGGAGGACACUGUAGAUUUAUAAUUUUCUCCCACGAAGUGCUUUGGCAUGGGUUGAGCCCAGGUGGAGGAGGAUGGGAAUAUGAUUCUACGAGCCUCUCGUUCACAUGUCGUUCAUCAUAGUUGGGUUAUUGGAGCUGUCAUUUGUGACUGAGACUUGUAAACAUGUGCUUUAAACAAUGUAGGCCUACAUUUUGUUGAUUGCAAGGCAUACAAUUAUACAAAUAAGAUUUUCUUGAUACAUUUUAAACGAGGUCUAGUUGUGGCUGCUACCGGACUAGAUUGUGAACGAUUCUUGGCGGAAUACAUUGCUUGACUGCCUUGACGGUGAUAAGCACAGUCGUUGGCUAACUGCAGCCCUCCAAACGAUUCGGUCUCUUCUCGAGUUGUGUCCAUCAUAACAUUCAAUAAUCAAUGAAUUGCAGUCAUUCUUGCACCAUGUGAUCAAUUAUCAGUUUUAAACAUGUAUUUUUCUUCUCUAUGCUCAUGAUCUAUUUUCCUGCACGCAUAUGACACAGUUGGUGGUCGGCGCACGUCUCUGGAGCCGCUGAGCUGAAGGAGUGUGUAUUAAUCUUGCUGUAGGACUCCUUGUGGCCAGCAAUCGCAGGUCAAACGAACAACUAAAAUGAACGAGUCACUCAGUAAAAUGAAUCAUGACUCUCGAGACUCCCAAGUACUAAAUCAUGACUCUCAUGACUCUCGAAUCAUGACUAAUCAACUGCACAUCACUACCUACGAUUCCUAUCAUAAGCUUUAAGACAAGUUAAAGUAAUGAACAGUAUCUUAUUUACCAAAUAUUCUAGCCUAAGAAGGUGUUGUCCUGAAGUUGCUGCUUUCAAAAAUAACAAGAAUGAAAGUCUAUAGCCUAGGCUAUUCUCAAUCACAGCUUUAUGUAGGUCCUCUGAAAUCAGAGUGGAGUUAGGGGGUGAGGUGCUGACUACUAAAACCUCUGUUAGCAACCUGGGAUGCGUCCUUGAUGGAAGCUUGGGAGGUGUGAGCAUGGCCACUAAAGUGCUAGUGAAGGUUAAUGCAAGGACUAAGUUUUUGGUUAGAAAGUACAAUCUGCUUGAUAAGGACUCCAUUAGAGUGCUAGCCACUGCCCUCAUUCAAUGCCAUUUUGACUACGCUAGUACUUCCUGGUUUGGGGGCUUAUCUAUGCUUCUGAAGGGGAAGAUCCAGAUAGCCCAGAAUAAGCUGAUCAGGGUAGUAUUGAAGGUGAGUCCACAUACUCGCAUAGGCAGGAGCUGCUUUCAGGAACUCAACUGGCUGCCUGUUUAGCGUUUCCCAGAUUAGACUGGGUUUGGUUUACAGGAGUAUGUAUGGUUCUGCGCACAUAUCUAACUGAUUACUUUCCCCAUGUUAGGGACGCACACAAUCACAGCACCAGAUCAGGUGUCACUAAUGUGUGCUUAUACAGUGAGGGGAAAAAAGUAUUUGAUCCCCUGCUGAUUUUGUAUGUUUGCCCACUGACAAAGAAAUGAUCAGUCUAUAAUUUUAAUGGUAGGUUUAUUUGAACAGUGAGAGACAGCAUAACAACAAAAAAAUCCAGAAAAACGCAUGUCAAAAAUGUUAUAAAUUGAUUUGCAUUUUAAUGAGGGAAAUAAGUAUUUGACCCCUCUGCAAAACAUGACUUAGUACUUGGUGGCAAAAACCUUGUUGGCAAUCACAGAGGUCAGACGUUUCUUGUAGUUGGCCACCAGGUUUGCACACAUCUCAGGAGGGAUUUUGUCAAAAUUUUUAUAAAUUGAUUUCCAUUUUAAUGAGGGAAAUAAGUAUUUGACCCCCUCUCAAUCAGAAUGAUUUCUGGCUCCCAGGUGUAUUUUAUACAGGUAAAGAGCUGAGAUUAGGAGUACACUCUUAAAGGGAGUGCUCCUAAUCUCAGCUUGUUACCUGUAUAAAAGACACCUGUCCACAGAAGCAAUCAAUCAAUCAGAUUCCAAACUCUCCACCAUGGCCAAGACCAAAGAGCUCUCCAAGGAUGUCAGGGACAAGAUUGUAGACCUACACAAGGCUGGAAUGGGCUACAAGACCAUUGCCAAGCAGCUUGGUGAGAAGGUGACAACAGUUGGUGUGAUUAUUAGCAAAUGGAAGAAACACAAAAGAACUGUCAAUCUCCCUCGGCCUGGGGCUCCAUGCAAGAUCUCACCUCGUGGAGUUGCAAUGAUCAUGAGAACGGUGAGGAAUCAGCCCAGAACUACACGGGAGGAUCUUGUCAAUGAUCUCAAGGCAGCUGGGACCAUAGUCACCAAGAAAACAAUUGGUAACACACUACGCCGUGAAGGACUGAAAUCCUGCAGCGCCCGCAAGGUCCCCCUGCUCAAGAAAGCACAUAUAUAUGCCCGUCUGCAGUUUGCCAAUGAACAUCUGAAUGAUUCAGAGGAAAACUGGGUGAAAGUGUUGUGGUCAGAUGAGACCAAAAUGGAGCUCUUUGGCAUCAACUCAACUCACUGUGUUUGGAGGAGGAGGAAUGCUGCCUAUGACCCCAAGAACACCAUCCCCACCGUCAAACACGGAGGUGGAAACAUUAUGCUUUGGGGGUGUUUUUCUGCUAAGGGGACAGGACAACUUCGCCGCAUCAAAGGGACGAUGGACGGGGCCAUGUACUGUCAAAUCUUGGGUGAGAACCUCCUUCCCUCAGCCAGAGCAUUGAAAAUGGGUUGUGGAUGGGUAUUCCAGCAUGACAAGACCCAAAACACACGGCCAAGGCAACAAAGGAGUGCCUCAAGAAGAAGCACAUUAAGGACCUGGAGUGGCCUAGGCAGUCUCCAGACCUUAUUCCCAUAGACAAUAUGUGGAGGGAGCUGAAGGUUCGACUUGCCAAACGUCAGCCUCGAAACCUUAAUGACUUGGAGAAGAUCUGCAAAGAGGAGUGGGGCAAAAUCCCUCCUGAGAUGUGUGCAAACCUGAUGGCCAACUACAAGAAACGUCUGACCUCUGUGAUUGCCAACAGGGGUUUUGCCACCAAGUACUAAGUCAUGUUUUGCAGAGGGGUUAAAUACUUAUUUCCCUCAUUAAAAUGCAAAUCAAUUAAUAACAUUUUUGACAUGUGUUUUUCUGGAUGUUUUUGUUGUUAUUCUGUCUCUCACUGUUCAAAUAAACCUACCAUUAAAAUUAUAGACUGAUCAUUUCUUUGUCAAUGGGCAAACGUGCAAAAUCAGCAGGGGAUCAAAUACUUUUUUCCCUCACUGUACAGGUUCAGGAGUAAUGCUGGGAAAGGUACUUUCUUGUAUGCUGGAGCUUCAGAGUGGAAUGUGUUGCCUCUGCCCAUAAAAAAUACGUCCUCUCGGAGCAGCUUUAAAAAUACAGUAAAAAAAACUGUUUGUCUUCUGUGCUCAUUUGAAUGUACCUUACGAUAUAACUGCAAUGAUGAGAUAGAUGUUCUUCUUCUUUGUUUUUAUGUUUUAUUAUCUCGCUGUCAUACUGUUUGCAACCGUGUUGGAUCUUGCCUAGCCAUCUUGUCUCGAGGACCACAAUGGAAAUAAGUCUCAGACUUUAUUGUGUGUUAUCCUCCAUGAUUUUACUCAUGUGCAUGUAUGGCUUUUCAAGUUUUCUGUGUGCUUGUUUUUUAAAAUGGUCAAAUUAAUAAACUAAACUAAGUGAUAGAACAAACAGCAUUAUUUUGAGGCAAAUAAAGCAAUUAUUUUCCAGUUCUGAAGACGGUAGACAGGUUAUACAUCAUUGGCUGAUAGAAACAAACUCACUACGGUAAGAGCCCAUUCCUCAUCAGACUGUCACUCCUCCAUCAUCAAAUCAAAGUUUAUUGGUCAUGUCCACAGAUUUGCAGAUGUUAUCGCAGGUGCAGUGAAAUGCUUGUGUUUCUAGCUCCAACAGUGCAGUUAUACAUAGCAAAAAAACGAAACAAUACACACAUAAUCCAGAAAGAAAAAAAAGUUGUAUAGAAUUAGCCAUGACUAUAAUACAAUAUAUACUGUACAGUGUUCAAUGACUAUGUACAUAGAGCAGCAGUCUCUACGGUUCAGGGCAGAGUAUUGGGCGGAGGCAGGCUAGUGAUGACUGUUUAACAGUCCGAUGGCCUGGAGAUUGAAGCUGUUUUCAGUCUCUCGGUCCCAGCUUUGAUGCACCUGUACUGUCUCCGCCUUCGGGUUGAACAGGCCGUGGCUCGGAUGGCUGAGGUCUUUGAUCUUCUUGGCCUUCCUGCGACACCAGGUGCUGUAGAUGUCCUGGAGGGCAGGCAGUGUGUAGGGAGGGGCAUGACUAGGGCUAUUACGGUGACCAUAUUACUCACCGCCACACCAGCGGUCACGAGUCAUGACCACAGUCAAAUUCCACAUGACCGUUUAGUCACGGUAAUUAGGUUUCUCCAAGCUCUGAUGCUGCUGAUGGUCAUUAGUAGCCUACCAAACUUGCUAACUGCCUGGUACCCCGCACUCUAUUGUCCCUCUAAUCACUCUGACAUCAAUGCAAAUGUGAUCGAAAAUAUAAUCAAACACUUAAUGAAAGCCAAUGAGCUCAUGUUGCACGACAUUUCUAUAGGCUAUGCAAUUGCGUGAGAAAACAGAGUGAUGGCCUCUAUUAAAAAGAGGAGGAUCCCAUCAGCUUUCUAUAGGCUAGGCCCAAUAUAUUUAUUUCUUAACUUUCCUAAUAUUAAGCACUUUUCUUUACAACAGGAGUAUAGCCUACCUGGCUGGCAAGAAAAGGAACCACGGGAAAAGCGUCCUCCAUUCGCUAUUUAAAUGCAUAGAUUAAGUGUUUUUUCCCCCUGCUCCUGUUUCGAGACAGGUGCAUGAUAAUAGUCCAUUCUAAAUCAAAACAAAUUUCACACAUACAGUUGAAGUCGGAAGUUUACAUGCUCUUAGGUUGGAGUCAUUAAAACUUGUUUUUCAACCACUCCACAAAUUUCUUGUUAACAAACUAUAGUUUUGGCAAGUCGGUUAGGACAUCUACUUUGUGCAUGACACAAGUAAUUUUUCCAACAAUUGUUUACAGACAGAUUAUUUCAAUUAUAAUUAACUGUAUCACAAUUCCAGUGGGUCAGAAGUUUACAUACACUAAGUUGACUGUGCCUUUAAACAGUUUGGAAAAUUCCAGAAAAUGAUGUCAUGGCUUUAGAAGCUUCUGAUAGGCUAAUUGACAUAAUUUGAGUUAAUUGGAGGUGUACCUGUGAAUGUAUUUCAAGGCCUACCUUCAAACUCAGUGCCUCUUUGCUUGACAUCAUGGGAAAAUCAAAAGAAAUCAGCCAAGACCUCAGGAAAAUAUGUGUAGACCUCCACAAGUCUGGUUCAUCCUUGGGAGCAAUUUCCAAACCUGAAAGGCCGCUCAGCAAGGAAGAAGCCACUGCUCCAAAACCGCCAUAAAAAAGACAGACUACGGUUUGCAACUGCACAUGGGGACAAAGAUCGUACUUUUUGGAGAAAUGUCCUCUGGUCUGAUGAAACAUAUGUCCUCUGGUCUGAUGAAACAUGAAAAAUAGAACUGUUUGGCCAUAAUGACCAUUGUUGUGUUUGGAGGAAAAAGGGGGUUGCUUGCAAGCCGAAGAACACCAUCCCAACCGUGAAGAACGGGGGUGGCAGCAUCAUGCUGUGGGGGUGCUUUGCUGCAGGAGGGACUGGUGCACUUCACAAAAUAGAUGGCAUCAUUAGGAAGGAAAAUUAUGUGGAUAUAUUGAAGCAACAUCUCAAGACAUCAGUCAGGAAGUUAAAGCUUGGUCACAAAUGGGUUUUCCAAAUGGACAUACUUCCAAAGUUGUGGCAAAAUGGCUUAAGGACAACAAAGUCAAGGUAUUGGAGUGGCCAUCACAAAGCCCUGACCUCAAUCCUAUAGAACAUUUGUGGGCAGAACUGAAAAUGCAUGUGCGAGCAAGUUGGCCUACAAACCUGACUCAGUUACACAGCUCUGUCAGGAGAAAUGGGCCAAAAUUCAUCCAACUUAUUGUGGGAAGCUUGUGGAAGGCUACCCAAAAAUCUUUGACCCAAGUUAAACAAUUUAAAGACAAUGCUACCAAAUACUAAUUGAGUGUAUGUAAACUUCUGACCCACUGGGAAUGUGAUGAAAGAAAUAAAAGCUGAAAUAAAUAAUUAUCUCUACUAUUAUUCUGACAUUUCACAUUCUUCAAAUAAAGUGGUGAUCCUAACUGACCUAAGACAGGGAAAUUUUACUAGGAUUAAAUGUCAGGAAUUGUGAAAAACUGAGUUUAAAUGUAUUUGGCUAAGGUGUAUGUAAACUUCCGACUUGUAUAUCUUUUUCGGAUGGAAAAAUGAUUUCAGUGUUAACUUGAACAAUCUAAAGUAUGUAGAAGAGGUAAUAGACCUACAGUGGGGAGAACAAGUAUUUGAUACACUGCCGAUUUUGCAGGUUUUCCUACUUACAAAGCAUGUAGAGGUCUGUAAUUUUUAUCAUAGGUACACUUCAACUGUGAGAGACGGAAUCUAAAACAAAAAUCCAGAAAAUCACAUUGUAUGAUUUUUAAGUAAUUAAUUUGCAUUUUAUUGCAUGACAUAAGUAUUUGAUGACCUACCAACCAGUAAGAAUUCCGGCUCUCACAGACCUGUUAGUUUUUCUUUAAGAAGCCCUCCUGUUCUCCACUCAUUACCUGUAUUAACUGCACCUGUUUGAACUCGUUACCUGUAUAAAAUACACCUGUCCACACACUCAAUCAAAGACUCUAACCUAUCCACAAUGGCUAAUACCAGAGAGCUGUGUAAGGACAUCAGGGAUAAAAUUGUAGACCUGCACAAGGCUGGGAUGGGCUACAGGACAAUAGGCAAGCAGCUUGGUGAGAAGGCAACAACUGUUGGCGCAAUAAUUAGGGAAUGGAAGAAGUUCAAGAUGACGGUCAAUCACCCUCAGUCUGGGGCUCCAUGCAAGAUCUCACCUCGUGGGGCAUCAAUGAUCAUAAGGAAGGUGAGGGAUCAGCCCAGAACUACACGGCAGGACCUGGCCAAUGACCUGAAGAGAGCUGGGACCACAGUCUCAAAGAAAACCAUUAGUAACACACUACGCCGUCAUGGAUUAAAAUCCUGCAGCGCACGCAAGGUCCCCCUGCUCAAGCCAGCGCAUGUCCAGGCCCGUCUGAAGUUUGCCAAUGACCAUCUGGAUGAUCCAGAGGAGGAAUGGGAGAAGGUCAUGUGGUCUGAUGAGACAAACAUAGAGCUUUUUGGUCUAAACUCCACUCGCUGUGUUUGGAGGAAGAAGAAGGAUGAGUACAACCUCAAGAACACCAUCCCAACCGUGAAGCAUGGAGGUGGAAACAUCAUUCUUUGGGGAUGCUUUUCUGCAAAGGAGACAUGACGACUGCACCGUAUUGAGGGGAGGAUGGAUGGGGCCAUGUAUCGCGAGAUCUUGGCCAACAACCUCCUUCCCUCAGUAAGAGCAUUGAAGAUGGGUCGUGGCUGGGUCUUCCAGCAUGACAACGACCCGAAACACACAGCCAGGGCAACUAAGGAGUGGCUCUGUAAGAAGCAUCUCAAGGUCCUGGAGUGCCUAGCCAGUCUCCAGACCUGAACCCAAUAGAAAAUCUUUGGAGGGAGCUGAAAGUCCGUAUUGCCCAGCGACAGCCCCGAAACCUGAAGGAUCUGGAGAAGGUCUGUAUGGAGGAGUGGGCCAAAAUCCCUGCUGCAGUGUGUGCAAACCUGGUCAAGACCUGCUAAAUCGGCAGUGUAUCAAAUACUUGUUCUCCCCACUGUAUAUAUUAUAAUCACUAGGCUAACACCAAAAUAAAAGCUAGACAGUCCGGGAGAAUUGAAAACAAUUUAAUUAAAACAAUUAAUUUAGUAGUAUUGAUUUUGUUAUUAUGUUUGAGCACAAUAUCACAGCAUUAGCCAUGGCAAAAUGCAUAGAAUUGAAGGAAAUGAGCUUUAAAACUGCAACGUUUUCUCUCACCUCCAUGGCAAAAUGUCUGGAAUUGCAGAACAUUUGCUAAAAAUUGCAUACACCGCCAAGAUGGGGGCCUCUUAAAUUUUCUCUAAACUUCAGACCUGCUGACCCGGCCCAUUGCCCUGCCCCCUGCCACGCCCACCACCUAAGCCCAUUUUCUUAUCCAGAGAAGAACCUGUGAUUUUAAAUAUUUUAAUGUGCAACCUAACCCAGUGAUUGUCAUUGUUUUUUUUGUUCAGUAGAGAUGAAUUUGCCUGCAUCUUUACUGUAUGUGCACAAAAAUCAUAGGAUCAUUUAUUCGGGGCUAAUUCACCACCUGAGUAAAUGGAAACUCUAAACACAUAUGCGAGAUCGCUAACUCUAAGUAUAAUAUCCACUGCUAGUAACAUGUAUUAAUCUAACAGUAAAUGUAAUGGCCCAAAAGACGUUGCAGUUGUAGCAUACCGCCCAAUGAGGCCUAUGCUAUCACAAUGGCCAAUGCAAAUUAUCAUUUUGCGCGCUCCCUAUCUCAAAUCCACAUCAAAUAUCUUGGUUGUAAAAUCGUUUCUAUUGAGCACAAAAUUGAGAGUUGAAAAAUAAAAAUUAUACAGUGCAUUCGAAAAAGUAUUCAGACCCCUUUGGCUUUUUCCACAUUUUGUUACGUUACAGCCUUAUUCUAACAUGGAUUAAAUUGUUUUUUCCCCUCAUCAAUCUACACACAAUACCCCAUAAUGACAAAGCAAAAACAGGUUUGUAAAUUUUUUGCUAAUGUAUUACAACUAAAUAACGAAAAUAUCACAUUUACAUAAGUAUUCAGACCCUUUACUCAGUACUUUGUUGAAGCACCUUUGGCAGCAAUUACAGCCUCGCAUCUUCUUGGGUAGGACGUUACAAGCUUGGCACACCUGUAUUUGGGGAGUUUAUCCCAUUCUUCUCUGCAGAUCCUUUCAAGCUCUGUCAGGUUGGAUGGGGAGCGUCGCUACUUUCCGAAUGCACUGUACAUAUAGAAAGCUGAGAACACCCUCUCUUCAACUGUGACAACAUGAUAGCUGUGUUUUGCCAGCAAUUGGAUUUUAAAAUGUUAUACAAUCAGAAUACCUUUUUUCUCCCGGAAGAAGAGUGUGGCUUGCUAGACACAGCAGCAGGCCCCAACAAAACAUGUAUCCUACAGGGGCAGGCAGACACUUUCAUGAGGAUAAUGUUCUUUACUGUUUUACCAAAUCAUGGUUUUAGCCUCUUAAAAAAUGUGACGUUUUGAGUGAAGUGACCAUGUAGAAUGUGCCUCUCGCAUCGAUGCGACCAAUUAGAAAUGUAACUCAAAGGGUCACAAAAUGCGACUAAAUGGUUGCAGUCUGGAGCCCUGCUAUGCUUUCAACAACAUUAUUUCGUCAUGAUUCGUCCAGUUGUAGCAUUCGAUUUCGCUCUAUAGCCCAACGGUCGUUUAUUUUUUGGGGGGGAGGUUGGCAGAUAGGGGUUGACACUAUCGUAAUGUUGUGCUCUUUGUAUGGAGAGGCAUUUCUACUAUUGAAUAGGGAUGGGACUUUGCCAAUUCUGACUUUGAUCUGAUAUCUACCAAGUAAUGUUGGGCUCAGUAUCACUGAAAUUGAUAUGGUAACCAAUACUUUUUACACAACAAUACUGCUACUGCUUUGGUUUUAAAGGGGUACAUAAUAAAACUAACAUAAUUAGAAAAAAAAGCUUUGCAUUUGUGUGUCAAUACUUAGCCUUAUUGUCAGCCUCUAUUAAACUAUUGCAUUAGCCUAGGCCUAAAUAUUGGAAUUAUUUCAUGAAAUGUAAGAUACCAUCCAUUACAAUAACACAUUAGCACAGUUAGCAAGCAGUUAUUUAACCACCAUGACACAAUCAUGUCUAAAGGAUGUAAACACCUUGACCUUCUUUGGUACCUUAAAGGCUCUGUUUCAACACUUCCCUACUUCUAUUUAUUCAGUCUUUGGUUUGAUAUGUUUGGUCUGUGCAUGGUCUGUACGGCCAGUCUACUGCUGCUUAUUGUUUAUGUAUGCUUUCCCCUGCUUCUGAAAUGGGAACAGACAGACGUAUCGUUCAAUAAGGCUCUACUUUGUUUUGCACAGUAGUCUCUGGAGUGAAGCCAUCUGUUCCUCAAAGCACAAGAUGCCCUCCUGAUACCCUGGCAGUUUUACCUAAUGGUGGUACUGGUGCCACUAGAUGUUUUUUUUUUUUACCGUGAGAGCAUUUGAAGGAGCGAGCCCCCCCCACCUCUUCAUUUAGUGCAUUUCAUUUAGACUGGAUGUACAUAAUACUACAUGUGUCUGGCUUUGUCAAAAAGGUCAAAUAGGGGGUGCUUAUAUUUGUCCUGUUUCACACAUGUACACGUGUGUAACCUGUACAGUGUGUAUUGAAAUGGAAAUUCGUUUUUUGCAUAUCCCACUCCACCUGAGACACCCUCGGAGAGUGGGGUCACGACAUGGGAUCAGCCAUUAUUGACUGCGACCUGGGAGCAAUUAGGGUUAAGUGCCUUGCUCAAGGCCAGAUUGAAAGAUUUUUUUACCUAGUUGGCUCUGGGAUUUGAACUAGUUACUGGCCCAAGGCUCUAACCCUAUUGUAUUUAACUAAGGUGUACGGUACUGUGAGCAGUCCUAGUGGGGGAUUUAUGGCUUUUCCUGCACCACAUAGUGUGUGCUGUGAGGUUGCUGGCUGCCCUGUGUGCAGGAGUGUGCUGUGACCUGCUCUAAUGCUCAGAGCGAAGACAAAUAAAAGGGUUUCAAUAUGGAAAGCAGAGCAUUGCACACCUCAUUGAUUCCACUUUAUGGCCCAGUAAUGGCUCUGCAGCUACCAGGCACCAGCUGUAUUUGUUUGCUCUCCACAUUUCCAAGAUUGUGGCCAACUGGCCCACUCUUUCUCGCUCGCAGGAAAGUGCAAGAUAAUUGGACAUGUGCAGUUUCUGUCAAGGGGCUCACAUUACUGUCAGCAGCAUUCAUUGGCAGAUAACCCUCUCCUCUUUCCAAUGGGCCCCAAAACCUCUCCUCAAGAAAUCCUGCACCUCAAUAUAUGCAACUGUUUUUUAAAAAUGUUUGUUUCAGUGUGUGUGUGUGUGUGUGUGUGUGUGUGUGUGUGUGUGUGUAAUUUUUGGUUGUACAUAUUUGUGUGAAAUUGUGAAUUAAUUUUAUCAGACUACUUGGAGCUGGAGGAUUUGUCAGCUAUGUCCUCUUGUUUCUCUGCUGUGACUGAUUGACUGUAUUUAUUCACACUAAAGCUCUGAUGUUCUUAUCCCAGACAGCAGUUGUCAAAAGCUAAUUUCGACUCGCCUCCAAUAUCCCCGAAGACCCCGGCCUUGUCUGUCAAGUGUAAAACACCCAGACAGACCAGGGGCACCAAGAAGGAGGCCUCAAUCCUCAGUCACUUUUUCCGAAAGGGGCCCACCACCUCCACAACGUCUCUCACUACAGAGGCCCCGCCAGCACAGCAGCCUAUUCCCUGCAGAAAUAGACUGUCUGGCACUCAAACUGUGAAGGAGAGCCCUCGUCAUACACAGACUGUGAAAGUAGACCCUGAUCAUCAGGUCUCUGUGAAGGAGGAGCCCAUUGAGGACAUACCGGCCAAGGUGCUGGUGUCUGUGAAGAUGGAGAAGAUUGACAUCUCUGUGACAGGGCUGGCGCCCCUGGCUGAUUCACAGUCCUCAUCACAGAACCUGAAGCCUCUAGUUAAAGGUGAGGCCUGCCUGCUGACUGACUGUCUCCAGGAAUUCUUCAGUGUGUGUGGUGUGUGGAGACACUAAUUAUAUUUUCCACUGGAACAUUUUGAAUUUGAGAGACUUGGCUGCCAAAACAUACAGUAUUUCUAAUGCAUACAGUAUGGGCCUAUGCUUAAAAUGGAAAUGCCCUCCAUAGGGAAAGCAAUGUUGGUUGUACUGUUUUUCAUAUUACUAGUUGCAUAGAAUAUUCUUGUCCUUUAAAGACAUGCUCCGGACCUUUGGUGACUACUAAGUAUUUCUUAAACCUCCCAGUUUGAGCUGGAUGUGUAGUUCAUACAUGCAUAAUUUAUGAGCAGAAUUACUGUCUAACCUCAAUUAGCCACAGUGACUGUUUUUCUGGAAGCUGUGCUGCACCAUUUUUCUUACAUUUUCCCCCAUGUGGGACAGCCCCCUAGCAAUUCGAGUUCUAGCCAAUGAGCUUCAGCCCCUCACCAUUUGAGUGACAGCUAGCAAGAUACACACACACAGCAGAGCGAGAGAGCAAUGACAUGGUGCACAUAUCUGCACGUAUGUGAUGUAGUAACCAAUUUUCGGGGACCACUUUUGGGUCGUGAGCACUACCUUCAGAACUACUGGCUAAAAAGCAUACAAAAAUACUGGAUAAUCCCUUAAAAAUUAUGGAUGAUUUCAAUGCUACAUGGAACUGUGGCCAUUUCACAAUGUGUCUCUCCUUUUCUAUAUGUGUGUUUGUCUAUAAAUCCUGUCUGUGUGUGUUUUGCAGUGGAGUGUCCUGUGUGUUCUGUGGGCAUCCCUGAACAGUUCAUCAACAAGCACCUGGACAGCUGUCUGACCCAGGGGGAAAAGAAGGAGAGCCUUAGGAGGUACCAGUGGACACACAUCUCACAGGGGUUCGAGAGAGUUCACUUUUUUGAUGGUUUCUACUUAUUUUCGGCUUCCCUGAAACAACAACACUAAUGACGUCCGAAGUAAGCUGAAACUUCAAAAAAGGGUCCCUUUAAAUAAUUCUCAUAACAUUUUAUAUUAACCUUGACGUAAAGCUAGCACUAGGCCAGGUAUAUGACUUAUGUUUUGAUAUAUUUUGACGUGUCUCUGUGUUGUAUAUUAUGUUUAGAUUUAUGUUUGGGGAGAUGUAAUAUCCCUUCCUCUGCUGAAAUUACUGUCUACUCUACCUUCAAAUUUGCAGUCAACCUGGAAAUGGUUCUUUCUGCAAAAAUCUAAUGCAAAGUUCCACAGUAUGAUUAAUGUAGGCCUGAGCCAUUUUAUUCUCCAUCAGAAACAGGCGGAGUGUACAUGACAGCACGGAACCCUUGAUUCGUGACCUUGAUGUCAAAGUGAUGGAUUACACAAGUUUCUAUACUCAUCAACACAUUUGACCUGCCACACAGCUCUGAAUAGGAGCUGGUGAUGAGUUUUCAAUGCUACUGUACAGGCAUUGCAUCUUGGUGAUGAAAAGAUGCCAUGUGGGCAGAGCCUUGUCCUGUCCUGAAUCUUCCUCAUGGACUUUCUAUCUGAAAAGCAGAUAUUUGAAAGUCUACUCUACAUAAUGCUUAGUAGGAGAGGGGAACAACAACAACAGAACUGAAACAGAAUUACUUGGAAAGCCCAGUUAAAACCUCAAUAGAUGUAUUAGCCUUACAGGGUGGUCAGCGCAGGGGUGGAAAACCCCAAUUGUCAAACUUGAGUAAAAGUGAAAGUCACCCAGUAAAAUCCUACUUGAGUAAAAGUCUAAAAGUAUUUGGUUUUAUCAAAGUAUCAAAAGUAAAUGUAAUUGCAAAAAUAUACGUAAGUACCAAAAGUAAAACUAAAUUAUAACUAAUUUCACAUUCCUUAUAUUAUGCCAACCUGACAGCACAAUGUUAUUUUUUUCUUUUAUUUACGGAUAGCCAGGGGCACUCCAACACUCAGACAUUAUUUACAAACUCAGCAUUUGUGGUUAGGGUGUCCCCCAGAUCAGAGGCAGUAGGGAAUACCAGUGAUGUUCUCUUGAUAAGUGUGUGAGUUGGACCAUUUUCCUGUCCUGCUAAGCAUUUGAAAUGUAACGUGUACUUUUGGGUGUCAGGGAAAAAUGUAUGGAGUAAAAAGUACAUUGUUGUAGAUCCAGGCUCUGUCGUAGCCGGCCGCGACCGGGAGACCCAUGGGGUGGCGCACAAUUGGCCCAGCGUCGUCCAGGGUAGGGGAGAGCAUGGCCGGCAGGGAUGUAGCUCAGUUGGUAGAGCAUGGCGUUUGCAACGCCAGGGUUGUGGGUUCGAUUCUCAUGGGGGCCAGUAUGAAAAAUAAAAAUAAUGUAUGCACUCACUAACUGUAAGUCGCUCUGGAUAAGAGCGUCUGCUAAAUGACUAAAAUGUAAAUGUAAAAUGUUGUAGGAAUGUAAUGAAGUGAAAGUUGUCAAAUAGAAAUAGUAAAGUACAGAUACCCCAAAAAACAACUUAAGUAGUACUUUAAAGUAUUUUUACGUAAGUACUUUACACCACUGGGUCAGUGAUAGUGAAGAGCUUUAUACCAUAUGCUGCUGCCAAGACGCCUGGCUCCAAAUAUGUGUCUGUUCUUACAAGUGGUAGCCGAGUGACUCCGGCCUCUAAUAUCAUUUCAUUACAGAGACUCGCUCCCCCCUGCAUAUCAGGCCUUAGGUUAACCAUGAAAAAGAAAAGGAGAGCUCAGAUGCAAUCAUUUAAUAACCAAGGUUUCGACAGACAAGCUGUCUUCAUCAGGGUAUAAUGACAAACACUGCGGGUCACUAGUUUAUAUAGUUUGGAAGGUUAACAACGGACAUCUCCAUUAAAUGAAUGUUGUCUUCCUCUGUGGUGCCCUCCCUAUGAUGGACUCUUUUUGGGCCAGCCAGAGGUCUUGAGUGCUGCAAUAACAACACUUCCUCACUGUAGUUCAUCAUGGAAUGAAUAAUAGUCUAAUGACCAUGUUAUAAGUUGUAAACUGAUCUUCUCUAUGGCUUCAUAUGUCACAGCUCCGUAGGUGCCAAGAGGAGGCCGAUGGGGAAGCUGGUGUACACGCUGCUGUCCAUGCAGGAGCUGAAGAGGAGGCUGAAGGAGUGCCACCUCUCUGCCCAGGGUACCAGAGACCAGCUGGUCAAGAGGCACCAGGAUUUUGUACACUUCUACAAUGCCCAGUGUGACGCCCUCGAACCAAAAUCAGGUAAGAGCGCCAUUUUCACUGUGAAAAAUAAUGAAGAUGCCAGGGAGUCAACCUUGGCUCAUGGUAAAAAUCUUCUGACCACCAUAAAUGUAGUUUCCUCCAUUCAAAGCCAUCAUUGUAUAACUGUUAGAAAGCUUUAGACAUUUCUGGACAUUAUUGACUCCAAGCUAUCAUUCACGAUUGACAUCCAUUACAAGAAAAAUUUGAAAUCACACCUGCUAGUUCCAGUUUGUGCGUGCGUGUGUAGCGGAGGUAAUUUACAGCAGCCCAGUGUGGUGUGUACAGAGCCAGACCCACUGACGGCUGUGUUUGGGGAGAGCACUGCAGGCCAUGUCACGGCCCUGCCAAGUCCUCUCUGAUGACCCAGAACCUGCCUCUGCAUGGAACGGUCAGAGGUUCAGCAGAACAGAACAGAACAGAAGACACAUCUCUGAUGGGAUGCAGUGUUUGAAUGAAACACCAAUGCCUGCUUUGAGCCUAGCACAUGAUUUGAGAGUCCACUGUUAUCAAGACUUGAAAUACUCGCUAGAGCUGAAAUGAUUUUAGCCAUGCUUCUGUGAUGUCUUGAUGGUGUUUAUUACAGUACUUGUACAUGCUCUAAGAAUGUCAGUGAGUGACCUUGAUACAUGAUCAUGCAAGGUGUAUAAUGACAUGUCCUCCUAGCUCUUGGCCUGUACUACUAUCCAGUCAGUAGUUGGGCAUAACAGAUCUCAGAGGAUAAAGGCUGUUAACAACACUCUACUUUAUAUCUUUGAACUCGGAGGACAGGGCCUCCAAUCCAACAGCACCUGCUCAGACUAAUAGACAUGAAAUUCCCAGGAGACGUGUGUGUGCAAAUCACCCAAAACUGUUUUAACACUUGAUAGUUAAUGUGCAUCUCUGGGGAUGCUUCAUUUCCUCAGUAGUGGUCUCCGGUGCAGAGACCUUAAUGUGGUAACAACAACAGUUUACAUAAACAAGCCAUGUCUGUGAUCCGUAGGGUCAUAAAGGUCUCUGUUCAUCCUCUUUCAACAGCCAAAGACAUUGCCAAAGAAGUGGAGGCCAAUGAGAAGGCCAGGAACCAACUGCAGGGGAAAACCAAAUGUGUACGUACCAAAACAGGAUCAAAGCAUCAUUGACUAGCGCCACAGGACCACCGGAUAGUUUCUGUUGUUCCCAACAGGACAGUAUGUCCAAUAAAAGGUGUUGUCCCUCGUAAACAACCUGGUCUAGUGUGUUCUUGAAGUGCAAAUGAUCACUCUACAUGGUCUUUUUGUUGUCCAAUUGUGUUGCAGGCCAUGGUCUUCUCUAAGAACCAAAGUCUGGGGGAAAUCGAUGAGAUGCAUUCAACUUACAGUAAGUCAUGUCUGACUGGUGCGCUUCCUCCAUUGAUCCGUUGUCAGUAGCUAGGUUUUUAUCCAAUUGGCAACAGAUUUUAAUGCUAAUAUUCUAAAAUCUGCAUAAAGAAAAUAUUCGCAUUUUCCCACCAGUGGUGUGUUUCCACCAAACUGACUUGUUAUGGAUAUAAAUCAGUGCGUGAUGACGUAGUGCACACAAAAUGUACUUUUCCCCUUAAGUUUUCAUGUACCAAAUAAAACAUCUAAAGUUCAAUGUGUUUCCAUCGCAUUUUCAACUCUACCAAUAGUUCUGUCACAAAAACUGUUGCGUUAAAUAGCAAAUGUGCCUGCUCUAGCCAACAGCAUAUAGUGUAGGUAGGCUAGUCUACAUGAUGAGAUUAUUAUGGAUAAGAGUGAGAAUAUUUUUAUUUGUCAAACGGCAGUCAAGCAUCGAUCAUCAUGUCACCAGAAUAAGACCCUCAAUAUUUAUUGUAAUAAGGCAUCAAGAUCACUGUUCACUUUCACCACCCUGUGAAGUUCAUCAUAAGUUAUUUCAUCUGUAGCCUAAGAAAUUGGAUGGUUUCCCGAGUCGUAGUGGGAGGAUCACACUCCAUAUCAUCGCGUAACUCCAAGUUUACUUCGAUGUGAUGGUUAUUAUAUGAAUAUUUGCACAUAAAAGUGUUUCCUCCAUCAUUUCUCGCAUAAUACAUUUUACAGACACAAAAAGAUCCCCUGCAUGUCGAACAAACAAAUGUAUCUGUCAGCACUUAUAAAAUUGUACCGAAACGUCCUGUUUCCAUCACAGAUGUCGUGAUUUCUUUUUAUACAGAAUGACUCGCAUAAAAACUGUGGAUGGAAACAUGCUGUGUGAGUUCAGAAUUGUUUUCUGACAGCCUUUUCACCAUUGACUUUAGCGCUGUGUUUGGUAUUUUAUUUUCUCAAUUGACUUUAGCACUGAUGUGUAUUGUUGUCUACAAUGGAUGUGUGUGAUAUUGACUAAGUUGACCGUGGAUUCCUGUUUUGUCUCAGUGAAUCUGAAUGAUUUCUCCUGGUGAGUCAGAGCUGACGUUACCCCAGUGAGGGGUUGGCAUGGAAAUAGUUUAGUUUAGCAGCAUCACUGGGUUCUGAGUGUAUUCUCACUCUGUUUGCAUUAGCACUGGUGCAAAGUAUUCAUGAAUUCAUGCAUAGUAAACCUCCCACAUAAAAAAAUACUACAGUUUACUAUAGAAUAUUAAAGUACUUACUAUGGAAUUCUGUAGUAUACUGUAGAAUCCUAUACUCCACACUAGUAUCCCUCGAUCAUGUUGUGCUUACUUUAGAAUUGUGUACCAACUGGAGAAUACUAUGCUACACACUAAUAUCCCUCUCGAUCAUGUAGUACUUACUAUAGAAUGUUGUAAGAUACAGGAGAAUUCUAUACUAAACACUGUAGUAUCCCUCGAUUGUGGACUGAUUACUAUAGAAUUUUGUUGUAUACUGGAGAAUACUAUACUACAAACUGUAGUAUCCCUCUCGAUCGUAUAGUGCGUACUAUAGUGCGUACACUGAGUGGCGCAGUGGUCUAAGGCACUGCAUCGCAGUGCUAACUGUGCUACUAGAGAUCCUGGUUCGAAUCCAGGCUCUGUCGCAGCCGGCCGCGACCGGGAGACUCAUGGGCGGCGCACAAUUGGCCCAGCGUCGGGGAGGGAAUGGCCGGCAGGGAUGUAGCUCAGUUGAUAGAGCAUGGCGUUUGCAACGCCAGGGUUGUGGGUUCGAUUCCCACGGGGGGCCAGUAUAAAAAAAAAUAUGUAUUCACUAACUGUAAGUCGCUCUGGAUAAGAGCGUCUGCUAAAUGACGUAAAAUGUAAAUGUAAAUGUAAAUGUAAUAUACUGGAGAAUUCUAUAUUACACACUGUAGUAUCUCGAUCAUGUAGUGCUUACUAUAGAAUGUUGUAGUAUACUGUAGUAUACUAUACUCCACACUGUAGUAUCCCUUGCAGGGCAUAUAAUUAACUUUUUGGUCCACCAGCCACUGUGGCAGGUAGAUUUAAGAAUGAAAAACGCAUCCAGAAAAACGCAUGUAAAAAUUUUAUUAAUUGAUUUGCAUUUUAAAUGAGGGAAAUAAGUAUUUGACCCCCUCUCAAUCAGAAAGAUUUCUGGCUCCCAGGUGUCUUUUAUACAGGUAACGAGCUGAGAUUAGGAGCACACUCUUAAAGGGAGUGCUCCUAAUCUCAGCUUGUUACCUGUAUAAAAGACACCUGUCCACAGAAGCAAUCAACUCGCCGUGUUUGGAGGAGGAGGAAUGCUGCCUAUGACCCCAAGAACACCAUCCCCACCGUCAAUCAUGGAGGUGGAAACAUUAUGCUUUGGGGGUGUUUUUCUGCUAAGGGGACAGGACAACUUCACCGCAUCAAAGGGACGAUGGAUGGGGCCAUGUACCGUCAAAUCUUGGGUGAGAACCUCCUUCCCUCAGCAUUGAAAAUGGGUCGUGGAUGGGUAUUCCAGCAUGACAAUGACCCAAAACACACAUUUACAUUUUUUGUCAUUUAGCAGAUGCUCUUAUCCAGAGCGACUUACAAAUUGGUUCAUUCACCUUAUGAUAGCCAGUGGGACAACCACUUUACAAUACACUUUACUUUUUUUUGGGGGGGGGGGUAGACCAUGGCACACGGCCAAAGCAACAAAGGAGUGGCUCAAGAAGAAGCACAUUAAGGUCCUGGAGUGGCCUAGCCAGUCUCCAGACCUUAAUCCCAUAGAAAAUCUGUGGAGGGAGCUGAAGGUUCGAGUUGCCAAACGUGGAGAAAAUCUGCAAAGAGGAGUGGGACAAAAUCCCUCCUGAGAUGUGUGCAAACCUGGUGGCCAACUACAAGAAACAUUUGACCUCUGUGAUUGCCAACAAGGGUUUUGCCACCAAGUACUAAGUCAUGUUUUGCAGAGGGGUCAAAUACUUAUUUCCCUCAUUAAAAUGCAAAUCAAUUUAUAACAUUUUUUACAUGCGUUUUUCUGGAUUUUUUUGUUGUUAUUCUGUCUCUCACUGUUCAAAUAAACCUACCAUUAAAAUUAUAGACUGAUCAUUUCUUUGUCAGUGGGCAAACGUACAAAAUCAGCAGGGGAUCAAAUACUUUUUUCCCUCACUGUAGCUUGUGAACAAAACAACGUAAAUAGCCAAGAAACCCAACUUCAGUAGACUUUAGUUUCAAGUAAAUUAGACCCAACUUUUAUGCCUGUGCACAAUGCUUCUAAAAUGGAAUCUUUCACUCAGCUCUUCACUUGCGCACAGCCCCCAGUCAGGCAGUGUUGCAGCGCCAGGUGGAAUAGGCUGUAUAGGAUUCGUAGUUCUUUGACUUUGUGCGAUUCAUUUACCAGCUAUGAAACAAAACGUUAGAAAUACUUUGAUAACAGCUACUGCAGCAUUUAUUUUACUAUAAAUGUGAUCGUACUUGACUAUUUGUAUGAAAUGCUCGCACUUUGGAGCCCUGACCACCGCCAACGUGGCUGGUGAAAUUGACAUCUUACCCGCCAAUGCUAAAAUCUACCUGCGGGUGUUAAUUUUAGGCUCUGAUCCCUUCAUUGAUUUCAUUUGACUAUUUAAAAAAACAAUACAAGCACAAAUGUGGAGACAAUUCAUUUAGACUUUUUUUUUUUUUAAUAACAACAGAAGUUUAAAAUGUAUUUCCAUUGUGGUCCUCAUUCAAACAUCAAACAUGUUACACAUUUACAGCUGACCCACAUGAAAAAAAACUAUAGUACACUAUGGUCUAAAUACUUUAGUAUUACUAUUUAUAUACUAUAGUAUUUGCUGCAGUGUUUUGCAGACUUUACUGUAAUAUUCACUAUUGUUUUUGUGGACAUGACUGUAGUAUACUAUAGUGAUGGGAGAAAAAUCGAUAGUUACAUAUCGGGAUAUUCUUUUUGACAAUAUAUCGUAUCAUUUGGACAAUAUCCCAAUAUUAUUUUUGCGCUAGAUGGCUGUACCUGUACCAAAACUCCAGUAUUUUUCCUUCAUAGAUUGUUCUCCUUUUUAAAUAGGGAGACUGAUUAAAACUCGUUUUCUCAUGGCUCUCUUGUCCCGCUGCAGCAGACAUAUGAUGAGCAAUUAAUUUUUUUGGAACAUCGAAUCGUAAUAAAAUAAGUAUCGAAUAGCAAAACAUAUAGAAUUGUGAGAAUCGUAAUAAAUAUUGUAUCGGCACCUAAGAAUCGUGAUAAUAUUGUGAAAUCCCUGGCAAUUUCCGGCACUAGUACACGAUAUAGUAUUCACUGUAGUGUUUUUUGCAGACGUGACUGUAGUAUUUACUGUAGUGUUUUUGCAUACAUGACUUUAGUAUAUUGUAGUAACACCUGCUGAAUAGGGUUAGUUAAAAAGGCACAACUACCAGACUACGGCAGUUACUGUUUAAUGAGGGGAACACCUCAACCAGAACAUAAAACACUGGUUCGCAACAGGCCACCUAUUGAGUUGGGUCAACAGUUCUGAGCAAUGCAAUGGACCAGACAACACCUUAACAAAAUAUAAAAUAUUUAUUACAAUUGUAACAUCUAAACGUUAGACACAGGUUCUAUGCUCAUUAAAGGAAAUAGUACAGUGGCAGAUAUAAGAAAUGUAAAAAAUACAGUACCAGUCAAAAGUUUGGACACACCUACUCAUUCAAGGGUUUUUCUUUAUUUUUACUCUUUUCUACAUUGUAGAAUAAUAGUGAAAACAUAAAAACUAUGAAAUAACACAUACGGAAUAAUGUAGUAACCAAAAAAGUGUUCAACAAAUCAAAAUAUAUUUUAUAUUUGAGAUUCUUCAAAGUAGUCACCCUUUGCCCAGUAGCAGCAGGCAAAUGUUAGCACGAAAGAUACAGACUGAGAGACUAGGAUUCCGUAAUGAUUUGCCUGUACAUUUCAUAAUGUUGUGUUCUUCUAACAGGCCUACAUGUUGUUUGGUCUGUUGUUUAAGACAGUCGCUAAGAUGAAACUUGGCUGUUAUUGUUUCAAACACUAUUAUUUGGGAUGUAGCAGUCAGGCUAGGAAGCAUGCUAACGAGAUACAGUAACUCUGUGUUAUAGAAGGUACUCGUGAUAAAUACAAAACAUUUCAGUCAGGCCCUAUCAGGAAACAACCCCUAGUUCCUGCUGCCUAGACACUUGUGGCGAUUCAGAAGGAUUGGAUAUACAGUGGGGAGAACAAGUAUUUGAUACACUGCCGAUUUUGCAGGUUUUCCUACAUACAAAGCAUGUAGAGGUCUGUAAUCUUUAUCAUAGGUACACUUCAACUGCGAGAGACGGAAUCUAGACCUGCACAAGGCUGGGAUGGGCUACAGGACAAUAGGCAAGCAGCUUGGUGAGAAGGCAACAACUGUUGGCGCAAUUAUUAGAAAAUGGAAGAAGUUCAAGACGACGGUCAAUCACCCUCGGUCUGGGGCUCCAUGCAAGAUCUCACCUCAUGGGGCAUCAAUGAUCAUGAGGAAGGUGAGGGAUCAGCCCAGAACUACACGGCAGGACCUGGUCAAUGACCUGAAGAGAGCUGAGACCACAGUCUCAAAGAAAACCAUUAGUAACACACUACGCCGUCAUGGAUUAAAAUCCUGCAGCGCACGCAAGGUCCCCCUGCUCAAGCCAGCGCAUGUCCAGGCCCGUCUGAAGUUUGCCAAUGACCAUCUGGAUGAUCCAGAGGAGGAAUGGGAGAAGGUCAUGUGGUCUGAUGAGACAGAAAUAGAGCUUUUUGGUCUAAACUCCACUCGCCGUGUUUGGAGUAAGAAGAAGGAUGAGUACAACCUCAAGAACACCAUCCCAACCGUGAAGCAUGGAGGUGGAAACAUCAUUCUUUGGGGAUGCUUUUCUGCAAAGGGGACAGGACGACUGCACCGUAUUUAGGGGAGGAUGGAUGGGGCCAUGUAUCGCGAGAUCUUGGCCAACAUUCUCCUUCCCUCAGUAAGAGCAUUGAAGAUGGGUCGUGGCUGGGUCUUCCAGCAUGACAACGACCCGAAACACACAGCCAGGGCAACUAAGGAGUGGCUCCGUAAGAAGCAUCUCAAGGUCCUGGACUGGCCUAGCCAGUCUCCAGACCUGAACCCAAUAGAAAAUCUUUGGAGGGAGCUGAAAGUCCGUAUUGCCCAGCGACAGCCCCGAAACCUGAAGGAUCUGGAGAAGUUCUGUAUGGAGGAUUGGGCCAAAAUCCCAGCUGCAGUGUGUGCAAACCUGGUCAAGACCUACAGGAAACGUAUGAUCUCUGUAGUUGCAAACAAAGGUUUCUGUACCAAAUAUUAAGUUCUGCUUUUCUGAUGUAUCAAAUACUUAUGUCAUGCAAUAAAAUGCAAAUGAAUUACUUAGAAAUCAUACAAUGUGAUUUUCUGGAUUUUUGUUUUAGAUUCCGUCUCUCACUGUUGAAGUGUACCUAUGAUAAAAAUUACAGACCUCUACAUGCUUUGUAAGUAGGAAAACCUGCAAAAUCGGCAGUGUAUCAAAUACUUGUUCUCCCCACUGUAGGUAUAAGCAAGAUGGCAAUAAUGCAGUGAAUUGGGAGCCUUGGGUUUUGCUAAUAACUCCACCUUGCCCAUUGAUUGGCUGCUUUUACCUAUCCCUUUUGGAUCUACAGAAGUGUCUAGAGUUCAGGAACCACUAG